AUGGCUAACCAGGGAGCGAAGAAGAGGAGGGAGGAGAACAAGAAGCACAUGUCCAAGCUCCUCCGUUUCAUCGUCGCCAGUAAUGUAGGCUCUGAUCUCCCUUUUGAUCCCGUUUUCAUCUUCCAAUUGUUGUCCACCAGACUGCUCAUGAUCGACGGUUAAGUUGCUUUCGGAUUCGAAUUGCGUGGGAAUGAGAUCGAAGCUAAGCUUACUGACGAUUAUCUCGCGUUUCGUGCGUAAAUACUCCGGAUCCCGAGGUUCCAAUUCUUUGGUUUAGGGCACGCCUAAAUCUCGUUGUAUUAUUCUAACCAAUCUAGGAGUUUUGUUCCUGGGUUCCUCUGUCAAUAAGGCUUGCCAUGGGCACGCAUCAAGGAUGGGAAUUUAGUAUCAGUCCGGAAAGAUGUGUGAUGUCUUCGUUGCCGAUACUCGUAGCGCUAGAUGGAUUCUUCGAGAACAGAAGGAGAGUCUUUCUCAAAUAGGAUUUUCGAAAUCCUUGAGUUUCAUUAUCCGGUAUCCCCUGGUCUGUAGGUUUUGAAUCGUUCAUAUCACUGAGUUAUUCAGCUGAGCUGUGUGAGCUCGUAUCUAGUUUCAAACGUGAACAGCCAGGCAGUAUUUUGAAACUUGAGGAUUAUUUUUUCCUCUGAAAAAAUCUGCAGUAAUUUUUUUGCCACCGUAGAUACUUCUUACUCAUUAUUUCUCUUUUCUAUAAUUGUUGAAGUACGAAGGAGGUCUUGGGCGCCUGAGGGCUGCGGCAAUUAUUGCCUUUUCUAGUUACCCAUCAUAAGGAUUGCCAUGUUCAUUCCGUAGCAUUGAACUAUCAACGAAGGCUGUGAUGAAUGAUCAUUACCUUUGUUGGUUCUCUAGCUUGGAAUUACCAUGUUCGGACCAUCUAUUGAAUCGCUAUCAUUGGGAAAUUUCUUUUUCCAGACCUUUUAUUUUAUGUUUAUAGUAUGCAUUAUGAUUGAUCAUUUGCCAUCUCAUGAACGGCACAAUUUUGAAUUUUGCGUUCUUGUUUCUGGCUCAACAAUAUUCAGGUCAUUCAUGUGUUGGUGAGGAUGCUCAUCUUCCACUCGUCUACUAGCUGGAAGCACUGGAUUGGUCUUUUUGUAACAUCUGCGGCUUAUCUGCUUCCAUACCAACAACUCGCCAAAAUGGCAAAGCCAGCAUACUCUGAUGAUGGCGAGCUUCUAGAUGGUGGAUUUGAUAUGAAAUCUGAUGGUAUUUGCGGGUAUCUUUUCACCACCCUCGUUGCAAGCAUUUUAUCUGCAAAUAUUUUUUUUAUAUGUGGAAGAAUUGUUUUGUUUAUACCUAAUGUUGUUCAUUGAGGCCCUGCCAUGGCCACAUGUUUAAGCAUGACGCUGUUAUAACCUUAAUCAUCCUUGAAAUUUCUGGAGUUGCUCUGUGUACUGUUCAAUUCCAGGCAUAAUCACCAUUGUCGUCAUUGUCGUCAUCAUCAUCAUUAUUAUUCUUAUCAUUACUUAAAACGGGGUAAGUUAUAUAUCUCUUUGCUCUGAAACAUCCCCCCACCUUACAACAACAAUAGAAUAAAAAGAAAGAAAACAAGACAAAGCGUGCAUGUUUGCAGUUUACCUUUAGAACCUUAUUCUGGCAUCCCACUUUGUGUAAUUUAAGACUACUGCAGCUGCCUUCUCACCCUUUUGUGGGUCACUAACUCAUCAUCUUACUCAUCGUCUUUGAUCUGAUCGUACACCUCUUAACAUGCUCUUUCAUGUAAUUGCUUUUGGCCUAUGACAUUGGUUCAGUGACGGUGUUUCUUGUCUCCCUGUGCUCCUCAUUUCUUGAAUGUGAUGUAAUCAUUGAGAAUGGUUCUAGGAGGAACUAUACUACAAUUUAUGGACUUUCGUUUCCUGGAUAGGUCUGCGUGUAGAUUGUUUCUCUGUGGCAGUUCACAUCCCCGAAACCUAACACAUUCUUUUAAAUGCUCUCUUGCAGCUAUUUACAUGAUGUGAUCUACAUAACGAUCUUUGUUCAGCUGGCGUCCAUCAUAUCCGAUAAGUUUUGGUACACUUAUCUGGUGGUAAGUAUAAUAUCGCCUGUCAGUCUACAAGAGAGUAAAUCCCAUCUUCCCCUUACUCUUACUGAGGAUCUCUUCCUACCUCGAGUCGCUGCCAAGAAUUUUAAACCGGCAAUAGUAUCCUUUAGUUGAGAUAUUUGGUAAAUAGAGACAACUCCUUGUUCUGGAUGGUGUUGCCAAUCAAUUUCCAGUGAUGAGGUUGGGUUGACUCCUCUAACUCGAGGAGAUCAAAGUGUACUGUUAUUUGGAGGAUAUCACUGAAAAAAUAAAUAAAACCCAUGCUUAUAUUGAUUUAUAAUUGGACAAUCCGAUAUGGCUGAUAGAGAUCGUUGUUGGUCUUGAAAUGCGAGUACUUUAUUCCCAUCAGCAAUGUGAUGAGGUUCAAUGGUCAGUUAGUGUUUGAGGGGACAUGUUAUUCUCCCACAAUUAAAAAGAGAACUGUGGUGAUACAGAUGGAUUUUUGUCAAUUGGUUUUGAGUUAAAUUGAUCUUGUCCUUUUCUGCUGAACCCUCGAUUCUAAAUGGGGUGUUUACAGUAAUUAUGUUGAUAAUCAUGGUCUUUCAUCAUAAACAUGACUUCAAAGUGAAAAAAAAAACAACUGGACAGGUGAUUUUUGCCAAGGUACGAGUGGGUUCUGCUGAUGUUUCCAUAUUCAAACAUAAUUUUAGAAAUACAAAUAGAUGCUUUAAUUGGAGAAUUAUGACUCUUAAUGGUAAACACGAGUUUUAAAUGGAAAAUAAAUUAGUCAACUAUUCCAAUAGAUUUUCCCCAUUCUUUCUUCAUCUUUUUCAUUAUCUUUACCAGAAAGAUCUAUCGGUUUAUUGAUUUUUCUCAAAUUGGAUCACCCAAGAUUGUCCUCUCUGUUGUCUCCAAAUCUUUACCAGAAAGGUCUAUCGGUUUACUGAGUCGUAUCUCAUGUUCAUUUAAAUUUCAGAAUUUCUAUCGAAACCUUGUAAGAUUUCUGAAUACAUCUUGGUUCCCGCAGAUCCCAGCUUUUGGGGCGUACAAGUUUUCUGGCCUUCUGAAAGGACUCUUACCUGGUUCUCAGGUAUUCCAAGACUAGAUGUCCCCACGCCCAUGGGGGUUUUAUUUUAUUUAAUUUGAUGUCAAAUAUGUAUGUAUAUAUAUUAUGAAGUAUUAUAAAUAAUUGGAUCUUGUGGCUACUACACAGGGAGAGGAGGAGGAGGAUGAGAAGACCCGGAAGAAGAGGGAGAAGAUGGAGAGGAAAGCCUCCAGAACCAAAUUCAUCAGGGGCAGAAAUAGGUAA